AUGAGCUCCCUCAAGCAGUUCAUCCGCAACGUGCGCGCCGCGAAGACGAUCGCCGACGAGAGAGCCGUCAUCCAGAAAGAGAGCGCCGCCAUCCGCCAGAGUUUCCGCGAGGAGAGCCACGACCCUGCCGUGCGCCGCAACAAUGUAGCCAAGCUGCUCUACCUCUUCACCCUGGGUGAGCGCACCCACUUCGGCCAGAUCGAGUGCAUCAAGCUGCUGGCCUCGCCCCGCUUCGCCGACAAGCGACUCGGCCACCUGGCCACGAGUCUGUUGCUCGACGAGAACCAGGAGGUGCUGACGCUGGUGACCAACUCGCUCAAACAUGACCUGUCACACUCGAACCAAUAUGUCGUCGGCCUGGCCCUGUGCACGCUGGGCAACAUCGCCUCGGUCGAGAUGUCGCGCGACCUGUUUAGCGACGUCGAGAGCCUAAUUCAGACGGCGAACCCGUACAUCCGGCGCAAGGCAGCCCUCUGCGCCAUGCGAAUAUGCAAGAAGGUCCCCGACCUGCAGGAACACUUCCUCGACAAGGCCGCCCAGCUGCUGGCAGACCGCAACCACGGCGUGCUGCUGUGCGGCAUUACCCUGGUGACCAGCCUGUGCGAGGCCGAUGAGGCUGAGGGCGGUGAGAAUGGCGUCGUUGAGAAGUUCAAGCCGCUGGUUCCCCAGCUAGUGCGGACUCUCAAGUCGUUGGCGUCGUCGGGCUAUGCGCCAGAACAUGAUGUCACCGGUAUUACAGAUCCCUUUUUGCAGGUCAAGAUCCUGCGUUUGCUGCGCGUUUUGGGUCGGGGUGAUGCCCAGGUGUCGGAGCAGAUCAGCGACAUUCUCGCCCAGGUCGCUACCAAUACCGACUCCUCAAAGAAUGUCGGCAACUCGAUUCUAUACGAGGCUGUACGCACGAUCCUUGAUAUCGAGGCCGACUCAGGCUUACGCGUUCUGGGUGUCAACAUCCUCGGCAAGUUUUUGUCUAACAAGGACAACAACAUUCGCUAUGUCGCCCUCAACACCCUGCUGAAGGUGGUGGCUAUCGAGCCGAACGCGGUGCAGCGUCACCGCAACACUAUCCUUGAAUGUCUACGCGACCCCGAUAUCAGCAUCCGCAGGCGAGCUCUCGACCUCAGCUUUACGCUGAUCAACGAAAGCAACAUCCGGGUGCUGAUCCGGGAGCUUCUGGCCUUCCUCGAGGUGGCCGACAACGAAUUCAAGCCGACCAUGACCAGCCAGAUCGGCAUUGCUGCCGACCGCUAUGCGCCCAACAAGCGUUGGCACUUCGACACCAUGCUACGCGUAGUGACCCUGGCCGGCAACUACGUCAAGGAGCCCAUCCUGUCGUCCUUCAUCCGCCUGAUCGCGACGACCCCUGAGCUACAGACCUAUGCCGUGCAGAAGCUAUACGCCAACCUGAAGAAGGAUAUCACUCAAGAGAGCUUGACUCUUGCGGGAGCGUGGUGCAUCGGCGAGUACGGCGACCUGCUGCUGCGUGGCGGGCAGUACGAGGAGGAGGAGCUAGUGCAGGAGGUCAAGGAGCACGAGAUCAUCGACCUGUUUUCGACCAUCCUCAACAGCAGCUAUUCGACUCAGGUCACAACCGAGUACAUCAUCACAGCACUGGUCAAGCUCACAACCCGGCUGUCUGACCCGGCGCAGAUCGAGCGCGUGCGUCGCAUCCUCGCCAACCACCAAACCAACCUUGACGUCGAGGUCCAGCAGCGCGCGGUCGAGUACACCAACCUCUUUGCCUACGAACAGAUCCGGCUCGGCGUGCUCGAGAAGAUGCCUCCGCCCCAGAUCAAGGAGGAGUCUCGUGUGUUGGGCGAGGCAGCCAAGAAGUCGAACAAAGCGGCCAAUCGCAAGAGCAAGACGCUCAAGCCCAAGGAGGAGGACCUGCUGUUCGAUCUGAUGGGCGAUAGCGGUGCUGCGCCGGCCCCGGCGCCCGUCAGCGGCGCCAGCAACGCCGACUUGCUCGCCGACAUCCUCGGCGGCGCGACCUCCCCUCCUCCCGCGGGGGCGCCCACGUCUCCUGCCCCGACUCAGACCAACGUCGCUGCUAUCAUGGACCUCUUCUCUCAACCCGCUCCUACAGCUGCUGCGCCGGCCUUGGCUGCGGCUCCUGCUGCCGCGCCCAGCUCGGCAGCCGACCUCCUCGCCUCGGUCGUCUCCACUCCCCCUCCGCAACCCACUGCCCCCGCAGUACCAGCCGUGGCGCCAACCGCAGCCGCAGCAGCGCCGGUCGGCCACCCGUGCUACGACAGCAACGGUCUGCUCGUCACCAUCACAGUGCAGCGCAACGCAGAGGGCGCAAUCCAGGCUGUUGCACGGUUCAGGAAUACCAACCCCGCUGGGGUGGUGUUGUCGGGUGUCGGAUUGCAAGCGGCGGUGCCCAAAAGCCAGAAAUUACAGUUACUGGCUAUUUCACAGAGUGAGUUGGGAGUGGGGGCAGAGGCGACGCAAGUAAUGAGGGUUUUGGGGUGUAAGGGGCCGCUUAGGUUGAGGCUGAGGAUAGGAUACACACAUCCUACGGCGGGCCAGGUGUUGGAUGUGGUGAAUUGGACAGAGCCUUCUUAA